AUGACGUUGCUCUAUCAGGAGGACCUCUCCACGCAGGGGAGUGAAAAAGAUGGUCGGUUUGGGUUUCAGCCUUCACCGGUUGCCUUGGCAUUGAGGCUCAAACUCGAUCUAUCCAAUGAAAUAUCGGUUGGAGACGGCGAGAAACUUGAGAGAGACGAAGGUUUGAUCAACACGGAAGUGUUAAGGGGCGCAAACCUAAGGGCAUCGAACUGCACGUUGACCGAUAAGGCGUGGUCCUUCACUGAGGCACCUGCUCAUGUCGAGUCAAGACUGCAGCACGCAAGUAGCUCAGACAUAGUGAUGGAUGUUUCCGCAAGAAAAGAUUGGUUAAGAGGGAAGCUGGCUCUCCAUUCAAGAGACCUGGAAAGGAAUGACGGUAUGUUCGCUCAACCAAAGGUGGAGUGGGCGUGGAACGAAGGAAGCUUUGUUGACAGGCUUCGAUUAUGUCGGCAUUCAGUGGUGGAACACGGAUGCAGCGGGCUGCUGGGCUGUUGGGGACAUCACUGUCGGCCUGCAGGAGGGAACGCGCACGAUCUGACAUUUGCCUUCUUUGGGACAGGAAGCAUGACGAAUACGAAACCAUUUCUAAGCCUGCUCUUUCAGUUCAAAUUUUGGGCUCAGUUUCCCGCCAAGAUAAUUCUCUGUAUCUUGCGAUUUCCAUACUCUUCAUUUCCACAUCGCAGUCAAAGCUUCUGGGAGUGCUUUGUUCCCCUUUUCUUCGCUCAGGAUUCCGCUGUCGUGCAUACGAGCUGCAGGGCAUCCUUCCACGCAGCAAUCAGCGUGCCAGCCAGCCACCACCUGCAGGCACUGACGACUGACUGUAAAAGGAAUAUCGUGAGAAAGGGAAAUGAGAGUGAGGAGAUCCGACCUCGGCCCACGCUUAAUCAGGAAAAGGUCCGAUCAAACCACAGAGAGUAUCAUGUAUCAUUGGGCUUGCAGUUCAACUGGGUGACUGACAUCCCACAUUCUCCCAGAGAUCUCUUCACCGCCAUGGUUCGACAGCAAAAAAUCCCGAUACCGGAACGCUGCCGAACACACCGUUCAACCCCUGGCGAAGGCCUGCAUCCAUCCUCAACGGUUUGGGGUGACACUGCCUGCAUCUAUGAGUGGAUUCUUUCAUCUUUUUAUCUAUCUCUCCUCACCUCAAUUGCUAGUGCAUCUUAUCACUACCAAGUCGCUACACUCCGUUAUCUCUUCCAUGCCAAUGCUGCAUUUCCUCAGCCUAUCACGCUCCUAUAUUUUCGUUCUGCCAUCAACCGGCGGACCUACCUAUCACCCAGUUAUCUACGCAAAAGCAGCGUCAUGACCCACCAAUACCCUGCAUACAAACAGCUCGAGAUUAAAUUUCAAGUUCGACCAUUGAUUUACUUCCUACUUCAUCUACUUUGCAACUUAACAGCACGUCUUAUUACUCCUCGGAACUUUUCAAUGACGGGCCUACUCAAUCUACUUGUCUCUCAUUUUCCGAGCCUGAAAUCACCCCGGUAUCUUAGAGGUGCCAGUAGUCUCUCCCCGGAUGAUGUGUUCUCGGAAUCCUUCACUGAUACCGAAACCUACCUCCCCUCUAUUGACUAUGAAAAGGUUAACAAGACACCAAGCACAUCUUUAAUGCCUUUGAUAAUAUCUUCCCCAUCUUUUAGACGACAUCGCGGGAACAUGAAUAGCACAUACCUCUCAGUCACAGGUUUGGCAUUGACCAGUGCAUGUUCAACUGAGGAAAAGCCACUGUCUGGGGAAAGGCUGGUAGUGAAUGACCUCUAUGAUAUUAACUGGAACGAGCGGCAGAAACCGGGCGUAUCGAGAAAAGACCUGUCCCGGUCGAAGAAAGCCCGUUUUCGUGGACUAAAAUUGCUCCAUUCGAUCCGCGUGGAGACAACUACCAGCAUCCCCAAGAGCCUUCGGGUCCAAUACCGGGGUCUCUGUUCGCCUUCACUCACAGGUAAACAGUUUUUUGGUAUGCGAAUAGCCAAUGCAUCUUUACCUCUCGGCGGCAUACUCCCCAUCACCCAAAUAUUCGAUCCCCAUUGCAUACACCAACUAGCUCACUUGAAACGGUCCUCAUCGUACCGCAAACUAAUGAUUCUCCCUGAUGAGUUCUGGCCCAAGUUACCGCUUACCAUUGGGAUUAUUGCGGCGGAGAGGUGUGACGCUAUGUUGGCGGAUUUGGUGGUAGAUUUGGCGGAUGCGAGGGUAUAUAUGCCGGAGAGGAGGAUAAAGGGGCUGAAGGAAUUCAGAUGA